GCCCGAACAGCAGCUCCAGACAUCUCUGGAAAAGCUGCCAAGGAUGGGUGCUUACUGAAAUGAGAGGUUUCAACCCGUAGACGUGGGUUGUAUUUUCUCAGGAGAUGCUGAGUGAGGAAGGGAAAGCAGGGGAAACACUGCAACCUGGAAGCAUAUGAAAGUCCAGGAUAAGUUCUUUCUUGCAACUUUACCCUUACUUUGUGUCCUUUACUGCUUUUUCGGUACUACUUUUCUUUUCUUCCGAAGGGUUGAAUAGUCCUGCUUGGUUUGUGGAUUCCUAUCAAUUUUGCUUGUGAUCAGUGUUUCAUUUUGGUCAAAAUUUCAUUCUCUUUCCCUUGUGGAACGGUUUCUAUAUCUCUGUCUACACCAUUGCUACAAGUACCAUAUUUAAAACACUAGAAUUUUUUUGUGAUGUGGUUUUUUGCCUUCUUACAGGAGGGAUGUUUUUGAGACAAGACCUAUGAUGUGGAAAAGUUUGUCAUUAAUUUUUGGGUUUUGUUUAGUGAUUCAGUGGUAUAGGUUUCCUGAAGUAGAUAGUCUGGAUUGCUGCAGCAGAAAAUAUAAUCUUGUUUUUAGUUUCAGUGAAAAUGCUGGAGGGGUUCGAGAACGUGUAUUUGAACUGCUAAAACUUACAUAUUAAUGAUUCUUCCUUGAGAGUAUUGCAUCAGAAAUAAAGGAGUUAGAUGUUGGACUGCCAUCUGUCUAAUUAGCUUACAUUUGAAAUGCUUCUUCCUUCUCAACACAAGUGAAAAGAUAGGGGGAAAAGAUAGCAGAAGGGGCAGUAUCUGUUCGAUAUGCUUCACAUGUUCGAUGUUUCACAUGUUCUUCAUGUGAAAACUCAGCAGAAAACUUGAACGCUGUGCUGCCGAUUUUCAAAUCCAGCUGUUUUAUGUACUACUUGUUCACAGUGCUUAAGAACCAACAUUGGUUAGGGUUUGGUGGUAGAGAAAGGUCUUACAGGUGUUUCUGUGCUAAAGUGGUGUAUUGAAGCUUGAGGUGACACAGACCAAGCUACCACAGAGUCUGUCAGUGACAUCAGAGUACAGUGCAAAUUUACUCUUCUCUACCACCAUGAUAAAAAUUCAGGAUAAAUUCUUGAGCAGUUGUGGCAAACUGCUUCUAUGAGCUCAGAUUGUCCUAAAAGCAAUUUCUUUCCACAUAUCGUCUUCAGCAUCGGUCAAGUCUACAUUUCAAUUAUGCUUUUGCAUUUGCUGAAUUCCUUUAGGUUCUUUGUGCAAGCUGGGGAGACUAUAUGUGUACCUGAAGCUGGUGAUCAUCAGGGUGAGCAGCAAAUGACUCCUUUUAGUGGACUGAAAAAAAAAAAAAUGCAGCCUCAUUCAACCCUCAGUUUUAGAAGGUGUUUUUAAUCUGUCAUAAGAAAUAAAAUAGGAUUUCUUCCCAUCUGCUUUCUGCUCUUUUAGUUUCUGGUCAUCUGCAGAAACUUCUAGAACUAGAAGUUGGAUCUUUCCCGUUUGUUUAGGAGCUGUACUUCUUUUUUACUUUGGCUUUAGAACAUAGGGUGAAGGGUGACAGAAGGAGACACAGGCAAGGAGACCUGCGUCCAGUGUCAAAGAUAGGCACGUGAAGUUUAUUUGAACAGUAACAAAACAAUGUUUUCUGUUCUCAGUUCAUACUCCUGAGCAUUCUGUUAGCAGACUGAAAUGAAGCAUUAGGCUUACACUCAGGCUACCUACAGUGACCACUUUUGAGCGACAUCUGCUAAUAUAUGUAAAUGCAAUAGUUUUCACUAAGAAAAAGCAGACACUGUAAGUUCAUUGCUUUGUACUUAAUCCUAUUUAGAGACAAAAUGUCAGCUGGAGAUCAAUUAGGAUCCUUUUUGAAUUCUUUAACCAUCUCCUACCUGAUCUCUUGUAUAGAAAAGUAUCUUCUGCAGUUUGUCAUCUUACUAUUCACACCCUUUUCCAGAUGUUUCAUGAAGAUGAGCAGCACAGAUCUCAACACUGAUUCCUGUGGGAUCCCACUGGUAACUUUCCUCAUUGUGAAAAGUGGCCAUUUCCUUUUAUCCUUUGUUUCCUUUUUUGUAACCAAUUGUUAAUCCUCAAUAGUCCCUUCAUUUUUAUCCUUGACGAUUUUGUUUUUUUAAGUGUUUGUAUAGACCUGUUAGAAGCUAUUUAGAAACUUCAUAUACCCUUGUCCUGUAAGGAAAGCACUAUAGCUAGCAUAGGCUUAUGGAAACCUAAGAGUUCUGCUACACUUGUGAAUUUUUUUUUUCUGAAGAAAACCCUAUAAUCUUCAUUUUGUUACAUAUAUGUAGGUAUUUGCUAAUUGCUUUUUAUUACUGUUAUUGCCUUCAUUUUGCCUAAUGCUGAAGAUUUGCUGUGAAUAGGUGUAUAGGUUUCCUGAAAUCUCUCACCCUUUUGGAUCCCUUUUUGCAAACUUAGAUUUAUUAUUAUUCACACGUGUCUUCAUACAAGAGCUGAUUCAUGUUGCUGCACUGAGGACUUAAUCAUUCAUUUUGAAAAGUUCUUUUAGAUUAGCUGAACAACACCUGUCUUGUCCAAACUGAUGAUACAAGGGGAAAAAAAAAAGGCAGGGGAGAGCCAUACAAUACAAGUUUUGCUAUUUUCUGUUCUGAAAAAGAAAGUUUACAGUAAAGUAGAAAUAAUUUGGAUUACUAACCACUAUCUUCUAAACAAUUCACUGUGUUAGAGCAGCUGGAGACAGAUGAAUUUUCUUUUAUGAGAAACUUGUGGAGGGUCUUUCAAGAACAAAUCACCAAAUUUUCCAACACAUGCAAGUUUGGGGAAAUAUCUGCUUUUAUAUUAUUUGCUGUAACAAGGAUUGUCAACAUGUCAUUAUUGUAUGAACAUAAUUGUUCAUGUAAGUUUAAUGUAUGGAUUAAUGUGUGGAUUUAAUAUGUGGCAUUUCCCUGAUUCAGUUUGGUUCUUUUUUCCCAUUUUUGAUGACAAUUAAGAGUGUUAAAUUGCUUUUAAUUAAGGUGUCCUUUUCAUUUAUCUGGUACUUUUGCUCUUUUUUAGUUCUCAACAGGAUAGAAACUAUCAAUUUCCCUUAUAAUUCAGCUGACUCCUCUUGAGGAGUAAUUGGCUUGUAGCUGAGAAACCAGUUACAAAAACAGCAGAGUGUGCAUCUCUGUUUGUUAAGGGGGAAUUAUUUUGGGCUUUGAAAAAAAUACUGCCCCAGAUAAGGGUGUGAGAAAGUAGAGAGAAAGAUGAUAGGCAUCCAAAUGUGUCAUAAUAGUACAUACAUGCACUCUAAACCUUAAGCAAGGAUUAGGCUGAUGUGGCAUGUUCUUUGCUUUUUUACCUCUCUCAGUGAGCUUUUAUUUAAAAAGAAAAAUUAAUUGCUUGUGUGAUUUCUGGGAGUAAUGAUUAAGGCAAAGAAUGUUUAUUAGUGAGUUAGAGAAAAUAAUACCUUUCUUGGUUUUCUGUUUUCCUUUAUUCCUAAGGAAAAACUUUACAUCAGGAAAGUACAUGGCUGCAGCUGAAAGUUAAACUUUUACACAUGUGCAUGUAUAUUUAUUUUUUUUUGGGUAUUCAUGAUAUAUGAAAUAGUAUAACUUCUUAAAGUGAACUGAUAAAUCCCUUUGGAUAGGUCAUUUGGGACCUUAACACUGUUGCACCAUAAAAUAUUGCUCCAGGGCAUGCAUUCAUCAGUGUAUCUGUAUAUGUUUAUCUAUUUAGAGCACAGUAAUCCUACAUGCUUUCUCAGAUUAAAAUGUACCAUUUAGUAUGUGUCCCUCUCCAUUGAAGAUUAUAUAUGCCUUCUUUUUGAAUCUGUCUUAAUGUGUGGAGAUGAGUCAUUUAUACUAAGAAGACAUUUCACUUUUUUUCUGGGUUCUGAUGUAUGUCCAUUGAGUGACUGCUCUUUUGCAGGUGAAGUGGAUGAUGUACUGGAUUGUGUUUGCCUUUUUCACCACUGCAGAAACACUCACGGACAUUGUUCUUUCUUGGAAAUUGAUGAAUACAUUACUCAGGCUUGUGACAAGAGCUAUGAAACCAUGAUGCGAGUUGGCAAGAGAGGGUUAAACCUUGCUGCCAAUGCAGCAGUUACUGCAGCUGCAAAGGGCCAGGGAGUUUUGUCUGAGAAGCUUCGAAGUUUCAGCAUGCAGGAUCUCACUCUGAUCCGAGAUGAAGAUACUGUGCAUAUGCGAAGCUGUGAUCCACAACUGCACCCCUCUGGUUCGAGUCUGCUGGAAACUGUUGAAGACUCAGCUUCCUGUUAUUCCUCUGGAGAGGAGAGCAGUGUGGCACAUCGGCCUAAUGGAACCCCGUCAGAUACCAGAACAGACCCAUCAGAUGAAGAUGCAGGAGACAAACUUCCUAAACGUACCCAGAGUCUCAAAACUCCUAAAAAGCUUCCAGUGAGAAGUGUAAAAGCCCGCCCUAAGAAGAAAGCUGCUGGCUCUCUUGCUUCUGGCGAGUCAUCCUAAGGCACCCUCGCCCCGCCCCCAGCACCUGUCUCUGUCCUGGGAUUUUCCUUUCGCUUUUAUGGGGAAACUCUUCAAAGGAAGGGAGCUGAGAUUCUUGUAAAUAACUGAUACUGCUUUACAGAGCUCAUUCCAAGGCAAGGGGGAAGCUGGAAUUCAGAAAGCAGAGUAGAGGAUACAAAUCCUCAGGAAUUUUCUCCUUUUCAUCUCUCUGUUGGAGGGAAUGCUGAUAUGUCUGUACAUAGCCAGUUGCUUUGGAAUUCCCACUGUAUAACUCUAGCUGAGAAUCUUUGGUGGAAAAACUGACUAGGGUUAGAGACAUCCGUUGCACAGAAGCUAGAAAAAUACUAGACACAGGAGUUGCACAGGGUAGGUGGCUCUCUAAAAUGUCUUAUCUUGCUCUGGGUAUUCUCCUGCAGCUGUGUGUUGUUAAGAAGUGCCCACCAUGAAUCAUAUUCCUUAAGAAUGGACUGUACCUGAUACGUCCAUCGCCUUUGAGAAAGUUACUGAAGUGAUGUAUAUUGAGUGCUUUUGAACAUAAAGGACUGGCUUGUGGGAGGUAUAUGCUAGAUUCCCAUUACUCAUACUGGAACAUGAAGAGAUUGGUUUUUAUUUUAUUCUUUCUGGAAGGUGAAGGGAGAUAACUGGAAAAAUUAAUAAAGAAAAUGUGCUAUUAUGUGCACAUUAUAUGGUGGAGUAGGCAAGAAUUACUGUUGAGAAGGAAAGUUUGGCAUCUCUAAGAUUUUGGCUGUUUUUGAAACUACUUGAAUUUUAUUUCAGGUUCAAAUACCCACUUUGACUCCUAUGAGAGCGUCAGAAUGAGGUGAGUCCCAUGCAGUUCCAUGGCAAGCGUAUUCGCUUCGCCAUUUACUGGUUGAACUCAUGUCAGUGUGUUGCUUGUUACUUCAGACAAAUUCUUUUAUUCUAGCAAGUGUCUGGGGAUAAUCUGUCUCAAAAUAAUCUGCAGGCAUACUUGAGAAUUUCAGAAGCCCUCACCUCAGCUUUAGGAGAGUCAAUCCUCAGGACAUGAGAACUGAAACAGUUGAUUUAUUAAUAGUUGACUUCUGCUGACUUGAGGAUUUCAUUUAUGGGGGAUAAAAAACAGAGACUAGGGCGCAAUACUGUGAUUAAUCACUCCUCUUGCUUUAUCCUGGUGCAGCCCUUGCACAGAUUUUCUGUCUGACAUGUGCCAUGUUUAUCAGUGUCCUGAGACUUGAGCAAUACUUAUCACUUGGGACAGAAAACUACAAGGAAUGCAGAAUAUUGUGGGAGUGAAAUUACAGUGCUGCAGAGAAAAUUUGCAUCACACCAAGCCAUACUAAUCUCUUGAAGGUUGUUAAGGGGAGAUCCCCUGUACACAUGCCAGCUGAGUCAGUGAAAAUUUACGAGUUUUAUGCGUGCAGUUCUUGUUAUCACGAUCUCUAAUGAAGGUGCACCGUUAUAGGUACGGGUGUCUGAAUGAAUACCUGGUGGUCUCAAUUUUCACUGAAAUUAGUUAUCAAAGGAACCUGGCUCCUACAUGCAGGUGUUUGUGUCCCAUACUUUUGCUGUCACAUUUCUGAAAUUAGAGUGAAUUCUUCAGAGGGCCAAAUAUUCUAGAGAGCAGCCUUUCAAAAGUUUAUGAAGUUGAAGACUAGGACUGAAUUUUUCUUUUGUUUCCCAUUGUCUUGGUGGCAAAUUAUUUGCUGUUGAAUUGACCAGUUAUUUCAGGAAGCCAAUUAAGUUGGGAUUACUAUUUUUUGUAGCUUUUAAGAAUUUAAACUUUACAGUCCAUGUUAGAAACUUGGAUCUCGUCAGAAAUAUUUAUCCUAAAUUAUCCACAAGACUUUAUCCAGAAGUCAGUAGAAAAUUCUUCAUUUGGUUCUGAAUUUCACAGAAAACCCCAAUUAUUUUGUUCUUUGUUAGUUUAUUAGCAAACUUCAUUUCUUACUACACAUGCAAAUGCAUGUCCUGAAGCAGGAAUACUUUCUGUUUCCAAAGGAAAUGCCUCUCUCCAGACAACAGAUAAAAAUCUUUCAUGGUUACGUGGAAGUUCUAGUUGUGAGGAGUUGCUGCCCUAGAUGUUCCUGUACUGAGCAAGAGAGAACCAUUCUUCUCUAUAUGCCAAGUAUGUCUAUGACCAUGUUACUUGAUUUUUGUUUUCAUUAAAAUUUUGCAUAGCAAAUUAUUUAUGUAAAACAUUGUGAGGGACUUGAUUUAGAAGCCAGGUCUCCUCUUGUGCUGAUCUUCUUGCCCUUUCCUUGUGCAUGCACCGUGAUAGUCUACAAUUACUAGGUUUCCACAGAGUGACUUCCCAGAAUCUUCUCUAGAAUCCAUUUAUUUGUAGAGGCUUUUCUGCUUUAAAGCACAGGAAGAAUUUCUGAAGAUUCUGUUCUGGUAUUUGGAUUUAUCUUUGUCUUUCUGAGCUGGGUCUUGUGCUAAGUAGCUUUUACUUAGCAUUGAUGCUUGAUGUCAUUAGCUUAUGGGUAAAUAUGAGUGAGUUUUACUCUGACUUUUGUUUAUACAGGGGAACUGGCUUUUGGUUGCAAGAGUGAGUCUACAGUAGAAUCAGGGACUAUCUAGUGUGCGAUAUGAAGCUGAUGAUGUCAAGCAGCAGAACUUACCCAGAGCAAGAGCAGUG